GCCGGGGUCGGGAGGCCCCGCCCGUGCGGGGGUGCGGGGAUGGCCCCUGUGGGUCCGUGCGGGUCAGCGCCGUGUCGCUGGGCCGGCCGGAGGCCGAGGUCGCGGUCGCGGUGUGGCCUUGCCGCCGCCCGCCCGCGCCGGGUGCGGUGCGAAGGCGUGACGGGACCCGCCGGCGGGGAGCGGGCUGAGGGCGCGCCGUUGGCCGGCCGUCGGCGGCUUUGGCUCGGCGUCCGGGGGUGCCCUGCUAAGUCCAGCGGGGGACUGUCGCCGUCCGCCCCCCAGGCAGGUGCCGGAGCGGGUAGCGCCGUGGAGGAUUGGGCUGCGUGCGCCUCUCGCCUUGCGGGGUGCCACCAGUUGGGUUCAGACCUCGUGGGGGUGGCUUUGUGCCGGCGUCGAGGAUGAAACGGGGGGCUGACGCCCAUCGGGCCAGCCCUGUGCGCUCAUUCGCCUCUUGGAUCUGUGGAGAUCCUGCCCAGCCCGUCGCCACCCCCUGAGACCUCUCUCAGCUCCUCGGCGCUUAACCGUCAUUGGAAACAAAUCACGCUGGACUGGAGGUCCAGCCUCCUGCCCUGCCCUGUCACCGUGUCUGGGGCCCGCCGCGGCGGCAGGGCGCGCGGUGUCCACUGCGGUGGCUACGACUUGAUGCACUGCCGCUCUGCAGUGGAGCAGACACAGUUUGAAAUAAACCAGGGAUGUUGGGGAGGGGGCAGGCAAUGCACUCUUGUAGCGGGGCCUUUUCAGCCUGACGUAUUUAGAAACGACUAGGUUUACUUUCUAGAAACCAGUUCAGGUGAGAUUGACAUAAAACGAAGCCUUUUUAAAGCGAAGAGGUCCGUGGUUGACUUGUUUUGUUUUGCACUCAGGCAUUUUUUUUUUUGCCCUGUCGGUGCCCCCCCCCCCCAUUUCCAUGAACAUUCGCCCUUUGCGCUGUUGUUUUGCAAGAGUGCUAAGCCAGCCCGGCCUUUUUUUCCCCCAAAGAAGCCAUUUUUACCUUUUCUAAUAUUCAGUAGCCUGCUCCACCACACAUCGUGUAUUGUACAUCUGAAUGUGAGUAUGUGCCCUAGCUGUGUCCAAGGUUCCUGGCUUCCUGGACCCUGAGUGCUUUUUUUUUUUUUUUUUUUGUCAUGUCAUGAUGGUGGUCUAAAGGCUGGCAGGUUAAUCUGGUACGAUCCCAAAUUGAUUGGCACUGCCUCAAUUUCCACUUUGCUUAAGGCUUUUCUUUUCCUCUUCUAGUUUUAGCAGUCCCGUGCAAUCAUUGUAGAAAGUGUAGAAAAUGUAGAAACAUAAUAAAAAGUUAACAGCCCCUGAUAUAAGGUUACCUGAAGUUAUCCUUACUGAUUAUUUGGUGUUUUCCACAUUGUGUGUAGGAUAUUUUUUUCCACACCCGGCAUCAUAAUGUGUGGUUUACUAUCUGCUUUUUACAAAACACCAAAGAUUUGCCACUUGCAGUAUUUUCCCCCGUAAGAGUUACCAUGCUUUGACACUCUGCUUUUUUUAAAAGAAUUUUUUCGCUGGCUUUAUUUUCGAGUCUAGACUUGGACAAACUGUUCAUUCCACAAAACAAAAUAAACCUUGCCUCAUUUUUCUUUUUAAAAGCAUAGUCUGUUUGGGGGUGUGUGUGGGGGAGACGUUUCUGGAUAACAAGCAGAAUUGCUCCAAGGCCGGGAACUACUGAGCUAUCAUUCAUUGGUUUCCUCACUGAUUCUUACAUCCUAAGUGCUGAUGAACAGGUGAUAACUGCAUUAUUUAGUGGACUCAAAUGGAUUUGCUGAAGACGGUCCUUGGAGGGUGCUUGUCCUUGCACUGUUUGUACUGGUUAGUCAGACUUUGUUUUAAACCUGAGUCCUGAUGUACUUUGACCUAUUGCCACUAAAAUUGUGUCUACUCCAACCCCAACCCCAAAGAGAGUGGAAACACCUCGUCCAGCAUUUGAUUGUCGCCAGCAGAAUUUGCUGUGUAAAUUUGACAGGAACAGUAAUAGAUUAGCCAAGGGGAAUUUGGUGUUUAGAGCCAGCUAGUUAGGAGUAAGGAAAUUUUUGCUGCGGCCCAGAUCUUUGCAGUCCAGUCCCCCUGGAUUCGCCUGGUGCAGAUGGGAGUAGUAGGAGGCUGAGGGAAGCUUCACUCUUCCCCACCCUUGACACGAAACUUCAUUCAGUUUUUGAGGAAUCACUGCUGCAGGGCCUUGGCCUCUGUCCUUUUUGGUCUCAGUGUUGUAACACUAGUUGGAGAUUAGUGUGGAACAUUCUGAACUCGCCUGUCUUCUGUUUUUUUCCCCCCCUACAACUCAUUUGGCACUGAUACCUCACUCUGUAGUCUUAAAAUAUUUAAAAAUUCCCUUUCCAAAAAUCUCAGUGCUUUCCCACUGUCCAAGUCUGUAGACUGUAAAUUUGUUGCUAGAAAGCACUGGGAAGUAGGUUCUCUGUGCAUAACCCAGAAGUGGCUUAGGGAGUUGGGGUAUGUGUGUGAGGGAGGUUAGGGAUAAUCAAAUUACAGUGACAGCAAGACUGGUAAGAUGGGAAAGCCAUCAUCAAAUGAAUGGUAUAGAUGACCAAAAUAGCCUGUUAAAGUAGUCUAUUGUUACUGAUUUUUAAGUUGAACGCACUUGUUUCAAACAGAAUGUUUGAGCUGACUGUUCCCUUUUUCCUGCCUGUGUCCCCCUUCACUCUCACGGUCUGACACUGAUGUUGCAACCCACAGCCUCACUCCUGUUUGCUGCAAGGGCUGUCCCUUGGAUUUGCUCUAUCCUAGCAUCGAAGUCAAUAGCUGUGUGUGCUACUGAGCAUUUGGCAUAUGGCUGGUUCUCUAAGUGUGAAAUACAUACAGUAGAUUUCAGAUUUACUCUGGAAAAGAUAUAAAAUACCUCGAUUUCUAAACACUGAUUCCAUGUUGAAAUGAUAUGUUGGAUAAACUAGGUUAAGUAAAAUAAAUUAUUGCAUUUAUCCAUUUCUACUUUUUGUAGCUACCAGAACACUUAAAAUUAUGUUUAUGGCUUGAUGUUUCUAUUGAAAAGCACAGCCUUGGUCUGAUAGGAGCGGUGUGUUUGCAAGUAACAGUAAGAUAUAGUAGUUUUUGGUUUCUACAGUUUGAAUGAGUAUACACUGCUCUUAUGUAGAUGUGUCUGAUUUUUGUAAUGUUUAUGAUAACUGUCAAAGUAUGAUUCUUUCAAAAAAUUAUAAAUUUAUUUGAAAGGUAGAGACAGAUAGAAAUCUUUGAUCUGGUUCAUUCCUUAAAUACCUGUAAUAGCUAGGUUUGGGCCAGGCCAAAGCCAGGAGCCGGGAACUCCAUCUGAGUCCUCCACAUUGGCAGCAGACACCCACCUACUUGAGCAGGAACAGAGCCAGGGCUGGAAUCCGGGUACUCCAGUGUCUGAUAUGGGAUGCAGACAUCACAAGAGGUAUCUUUUAACUACUAAGCCAAAUGCCUGUCCCAGAACACGAUUCUUCUUCUUUUUUUUUUUUUAACAGGCAGAGUGGACAGAGAGGUAGAGACAGAGAGAAAGGUCUUCCUUUGCCAUUGGUUCACCCUCCAAUGGCCGCUGCGGCCGGCGCGCUGCGGCCAGUGCACCACGCUGAUCUGAUUGCAGGAGCCAGGUACUUAUCCUGGCCUCCCAUGGGGUGCAGGGCCCAAGCACUUGGGCCAUCCUCCACUGUAAUCCCUGGCCACAGCAGAGAGCUGGCCUGGAAGAGGGGCAACCGGGACAGAAUCCGACACCCCGACCGGGACUAGAACCUGGUGUGCCGGCGCCGCAAGGCAGAGGAUUAAUCUAGUGAGCCGCGGCGCUGGCCUACGAUUAUUCUUUUGAAGACUUAUCUUAAUCUUGAAACUAUCUCUGGGUAAUUGAAUUGCUAUUAACUGAAUUAAUACAUUUAAUAUUUGAGCUUAAAAUUGUAAAAUGACAUCUGUGAUUAUAUAACCUUUUUAAAAAAAGUCGAGCUAAGCAUAAUUGGCUGAAUUUACCCAGACUUGGCCUACUACUUAUUGAUUUUUUUUCAUUUUUUUUUAAAGAUUUCCUUAUUUGUUUUUGAAAGUCAGUUACACAGAGAGAGGAGAGGCAGAGAGAGGCCCUCCAUCCACUGGUUCACUCCCCAGUUGGCCGCAAUGGCCGGAACUUCACAGAUUUUUAUUUUUUUAUUUUUUUGACAGGCAGAGUGGACAGUGAGAGAGAGAGACAGAGAGAAAGGUCUUCCUUUGCUGUUGGUUCACCCUCCAAUGGCCGCCACGGCUGGUGCACUGCGGCUGGUGUGCUGUGGCCGGCGCACCGCGCUGAUCUAAUGGCAGGAGCCAGGUACUUAUCCUGUUCUCCCAUGGGGUGCAGGGCCCAAGUGUGGGGAGCAACUCGGACUAGACUAAGUUACUGGAAUUAAGACUUAUUCUAUGCAUCUGCUCUCCCACAAUAUGGCGCUGAGAGAAAGAGACCAAACAACCUCUACGCAGCUGCCUCAUCAGUUUGACAAGCUGCAGGAGCUGAUCCUGCUCCUGAUUGGAGGAGAGCAGCAUGCUCGGUGUGUGGGUAGCAGAGUUGGGAUUGGUGGAAGAGGACUAUAAAGGAGGAGAGAGACAACAUGCACCAGGAAACAUCCGGAUAACAUCUGAGCAGCCCCCGAGAGAGCCGGCCGGCGGUGUGCUGCUCCCCCGCGGAAGUGGGGAAAGUGGCAGGGGGAGCUGCCCCUCCACGGAGGUGGAGGGGUCGGCAGCCAACCCGGGAAAGACCAGCAGCAAACCCUGGAAGGGCCGAGCAGACAAAAGAACAGCGCAGGGUCCUGUGUCAUUCCUCCGCGAAUGGGGGAGCGACACCCAAGGACUUGGGCCAUCCUCCACUGUACUCCCUGGCCACAGCAGAGAGCUGGCCUGGAAGAGGGGCAGCCGGGACAGAAUCCGUCGCCCCGACCUGGACUAGAACCCGGUGUGCCGGCGCCGCAAGGCGGAGGAUUAGCCUAGUGAGCCGCGGCGCUGGCCUACUUAUUGAUUUUUAUAAUUGGUCAUUUCUCAAAGGUUUAAGAAAAUAUUUCUAGGAGAAACUUGAAAUUUAAGCUCAUAUCUUUUCUCUCCUGUGGUUUAGAAAAAAUGCCACAAUAGAAGCAGGCAUUUAUGGGGCCAGCAUUAUGGUGUAGUGGAUUAAGAGCUCUGUCUUUCCCUCUUUUUGUAACUGCCUUUCAAAUAAAUUUUUGGAAAGAUUUAUUUAUUUGAGAGGUAGGGUUACAGACAGAGAGAGGGACAGACAGAGAGGUCUUCCUUCUGCUGGUUCACUCCCCAAAUAACCACAAUGGCUGAAACUGGGCCCAUCCAAAGCCAGGAGCCAGAAGUUUCUUCCAGGUCUCCCAUACAGGUGCAAAGGCCCAAGCACUUGGGCCAUCUACUGCUUUCCCAGGCCAUAGCAGAGAGCUGGAUUGGAAGAGGAGCAGCUGGGGCAUGAAGUGGUGCCCAUAUUGGCUGCUGAUGCCACAGGUGGAAGCUUAGCCCACUAUGCCACAGCGUUAGCCCCUAAAUAAAUGUUUACAAAGGUAGCAGCAGCAGCAGCAGCAGCAAGCAUUUAGCCUAUUGGAGUACCUGCGUCUUGGAGUACCUGAGUCCCAUCCUUGGUUCGGACUCCUGACUCCAGCUUCCUGCCAUUACAGAUCCAGUGGUGUUGGCUCCAGUAGUUGGGUUCCUGCCUCCUAUGUGGAAGGCCGGAAUUAUAUUCCAGUUUCAGGCUUUGGUACCUGCCCAGCCCCUGCCAUUGUGGCAUCUGGGGAGUAAGCCAGUAAAUGGGAGCUAGAGCUCUCUUUUUCUCUGCCUCUUGAAUGAAUUUAAAAGAAAAAGGCCUACAGUAGUUUGAUUGUAAGUGUAGAACACUUUGGACCAGCUCCUGGGACAGCUGUCCUUGUGAACACUGCUAGCAGAUCACCACCUACAGAAAAUUCAUAUUCUUUCUACUGCCGUGUUUGACAGUGUUGACAGUUGAGCCCCAACAUGCCUCGGUAGAUGUAUUUCCUUUUUUUUUUUUAAAGAUUUAUUUAUUUAUUUGAAAGUCAGUUACACAGAGAGAGGAGAAUCAGAGAGAGAGAGAGAGAGAGGUCUUCCAUCCGAUAGUUCACUCCCCAGUUGGCCGCAGUGGCUGGAACUGUGCCCAUCCGAAGCCAGGAGCUAGGAGCCAGGAGCUUCCUCUGGGUCUCCCACGUGGGUGAUGUCCUUGGGCCAUCUUCUACUGCUUUCCUAGGCCAUGGCAGAGAGCUGGAUUGGAACUGGAGUGGCCGGGUCUUGAACCAGUGUCCAUAUGGGGAUGUCAGCACUGCAGGCCAGGGCAUUAACCCGCUAUGCUACAGCGCUGGCCCCGAUGCAUUUCCUUUUAUUGCCCGUGUGGCAGUUGGAUAGGGUGAACAGCAUGGGCUCUGGGGCAGAGCACCUUAGAUUUCAGUGUUCUCAUUUCAACCAGCUGAGAUCUUGGGCCAGUGGCGUAUGUAAACCUCUGGUUCCUUAUCAUUUAACUGGUUCCAUGAUUCUGAACAGGGCUAAUAAUGGUACGAAUCUCAGUUUGUGUGUGAGGAUGCUUGUUAGUCACUCACUGCUAUACUUGGCUCAGCAACAAGGCGUGCAGUACUGAACGGCUCUGUAAUUGCUAACCUGGUUGAACCCCUCCCUCAGCCAAACUGGCCUUCCCCUGUCCCUUACCUAUUCCAGUUUUCCCUUCCUGUUUUCAUUCCUUCAUUGCCCAAGUAGUGUGUUUCUUCCAGUCCUCUGCCAGCUCUGUUGUUUGCAAAGGACUAGAUUGUAAAUACUUUUGUCUCUGUGGGCCAUAUGAUCUCUGUUGAAACUGCUUCUUCCCUCUGCCCUGCAAAGCAUGACUGUGAACCAAUACAACUAUAUUUUGGACCCUGACAUUUGAAUUAAUGCAACUUUAAUGUGUCAUGAAAUAUCUUACUUUUGAGUCUUUUUAACCACAUUAACAUGUAAUGUUAACAUGCAAAAGCCUUUCUUAGGUCACAGGCUGAACAAUAACAGGUGUCAGGCCACCUGCAGGCUAGAGUGUGCCACCCCUGUCCCAGAGCAAGCAGAAAUGUCAUAGCCCUCCUUGAGGCCUUGGCAACCAUCUUGUUAAGAGUGAUCCUCUUUGUCUAUGGAGUUCCUGCAGGAUUUUUGUGUGCUUUUUCAUAAUAGAAGUGCUUAAUCUGUAUUGUAUUGCAUUGCAAUUAUUUGUACUUGACUCUUGCUUCCUAAACAGACUAUAAAUCUUUAGAAGCUACAGAUGUGUUUUAGCCCCCUCUUAAAAUGCAGCACAAAAGUGCCUUUUACACAUUUGAUUCUAAAAUGUUUUGAAGAAACAGGUCUGGGCCAAGUUGAGCUAUGAGCUGUCUUCUAUUGCCAUCCCAAGCACAUUAGCAGGGAACUGGAUGGGAAGUGGAGCAGCCCCUACUUGACUGGGGCCCUCAAAUAUGGGAUGUCUAUGUUGUAUGGUCAGGGCUGGGCCAGACUGAAGCCAGGAGCCUGGAACGCCAUUUGGGUCUCCCUUGGGAGUGGCAGGGGCCCACAUAGUUGGAUCAUCUUCUGCCUUCAUAAAUGCGUUAGCAGGAGCUGGAUUGGAAGUGGAGCUGCCAGGUCUCGAACCUUCACUCAUAUGGGGUGCCUGUGUCAUAGGUGUCUGUGUAACACAUCGCAGACCCAGCAAUGCAUAGGUUCUUUACAGAGAAAAUUCUAAAACUUCAUUGAGUGACUUUAAACGAAGACUUACUAAAUGGACAGCACAGUGGUUCAGGGACUGGAGGGUACUCUGAAGAUGCCAUUACCAUGGAAACUGAUUUAUAGAUGUCAUGUAAUCCAAGAAAAAAAUUUAAAACUCAAAAAAGCAUUUUCGAAACCACAUACAGUCUCAACCCACGAAAUGGCAUAACACUUUUGACAAAGAAAGUUGGGAGAACUUGACUAAGAGACCAAGAGGAGCUGUGAUAAUUAAGAUGGUGUGGGCCAGCGCUGCGGCUCACUAGGCUAAUCCUCCGCCUGCGGCGCCAGCACACCGGGUUCUAGCCCCGGUCGGGUCGGUGCUGGAUUCUGUCCCGGUUGCCCCUCUUCCAGGCCAGCUCUCUGCUGUGGCCCCGGGGUGCAGUGGAGGAUGGCCCAAGUGCUUGGGCCCUGCACCCGCAUGGGAGACCAGGAGAAGCACCUGGCUCUUGGCUUUGGAUCAGUGCACGGUGUGCAGGCCGCAGCGCGCCAGGGCGCAGCGGCCAUUGGGGGUGAACCAUCGAAAGGAAGACCUUUCUCUCUGUCUCUACCUCUCUCACUGUCCACUCUGCCUGUCAAAAAAAGAUGGUGUGAUGUUGGCACUGGAUAGACCUACAGUGGUGGAUCAGUAGAACACCAUAAGGAGUCCAGAAAUAAUCUCCUACGUAUUCAGACACUGGAUUUAUGACCCAGGGGUCCCGGCAAAGGAAAGACGGAACUGUAAAGGAGAAGCUGACAUUGGAGACCACAUCCAUGACCUCCACUAGUGUGGAGAAGGAUUUCUUCAGAAGCUGCUUGCGGAAGAGCAGGCACAGCUCACGGAAGGGCACUUUAGGAAAGGAACGGCCAGAUGUCGAAUGACUGUGAAAAGGUGCCCAGUCUAGGUAAUAGUCAGUGAAACACAGACUGCCCUGCAUACCUGAAUUCAACUUGACAGUACCAGAUCGUGAGCAGGUCGAGCAAUAUGGACUUUCAGAAAUGGCUGGUAGGGAUGUAAAUUAGUUAUAAAUACUUUGGAAAACAGUAACACCAAGAGAGUAAAAAAAUACAUAUACUCUAGUGGCCAUCUGUUCUGUUAGAGAAAUUACAUACGUAUGAGAGAACCAGAAAAAAUACUUAGUUAUUUUCAUCCUGUGAUUUGGUUCAAUUAAUCUUUUUAAAUUUAAAAUUUUAAAUCUAAUUGGCAUAGUAAUUGUGUAUACAAGGCUGGCAUUGUGGCUUAGCAAGUUAAGCUGUUGCCUGUAAAACUGGCAUCCCAGAUGUGUGCCAGUUAGAGUCCCAGCUGUUCUACUUGCGAUCCAGCUCCCUGCUAAUGUGCCUGGGAAAGCAGCAGAGGUCCAAGUGCUUAGGCCCCUGCACCCACAUGGGAAAACCUGGAUGAAGUUCCUGGCUCCUAGCUUUGGCCUGGCCCGGUCCUGGCUGUUGUAGCCAUCUGGGGAGUGAACCAGCAGUUGGAAGAUCAAUCUCUCUGUCUUUCCUUCUCAUUGUAACUCUGCCUUUCAGAUAAAUAAAUCUUAAGAAACAGUUGUAUAGGGCUGGCGCUGUAGUGUAGCAGGUUAAGCUGUGACCUGCAGUGCCAGCAUCCCACGGGGGCACUGGUUCGAGUCCCGGCUGCCCCACUUCUGAUCCAGCUCUCUGCUAUGGCCUGGGAGAGCAGAAGAUGGCCGAAGUGCUUGAGCCCCCUGCACCAUGUGGGAGACCCAAAAGAAGCUUCUGACUCCUGGUAUUGGACUGGCAUAGCCCUGGCUGUUGUGGCCAUUUGGGAAGUGAACCAGCAGAUAGAAGAUCUCUCAGUCUCUGCUUCUCUCUCUACUUUUCAGAUAAAUCUUAAAAAUUGUGUAUAUUAAUGGGAUAUAGUAUGAUAAUUUGAUAAUGCAUACAAUGUCAUCAAGUCAUGGGCUAAUUAGCAUUUCCUUCUCUAAUAUUUAUCAUUUCUUUGUGUUAGGAAGCUUCAAACUCUUCCCUUCUAGCUCUUUAUAAAACAUAUAAUAAAUUGUUGGGAACUAUUGAUUGAAUUACAUGAGGGCGCUAUGUUCUAUAGAGACAGGUUGCUUUUUUUUUUUUUGUAAAAAUGGUGAGUAAAUGUUAUGCAUGUUUUCCCUCUGUGCUAAAUAUGUUAAGAUCUGUCAUCCUUUGUGUAUUUCCUUUGUUAAAGCUGGCCACUCAGUGGGCAUUUAAUGAAUAUUGUGUGGGAACUGCUGGAAUUUUUCCAAUGGGAACCCUUCUACAAGCCCGCAUGGUUUUAUCAGCUCCUUGGCUAUUGAGUGGCUUGGUCAGGUCCGUCCGUUGGUGGCUUUAGGAAAUCACAGCCUCCCCUGGAUCCCUUGAAAGGAAGCCCAGCCUGGUGACUGCGGCAUCUAGAGGGAGAUCAGGGGGACGGUGGCAGGCCCUGCCCGGCUUUGUAGGAGCAGGGAGGGGAAGGAUGGUUCUCGCUCUGUAGUAGAAGGGGUCCGGGCUUGAAUCUCACUGUGACCUGGCACAAGGCGUCCUUCCUGGUGGCGCUGAGGGUCAGUUGAGAGCGAGUGUUUGUUCACAGGCCCUCUGUGUAAUGGGAACGGCAGGAGCUGGGAGUGGGAGCACUGUGAUCAUGCUGAUCUGUUAGGAGCUGCCUCUGGUCAGGGGUCUAAGUUUGCUCUCCUUUAACUCCUCCAGGGGAUUUCUGUCACACCUGAAUGAAUGACCCACUGAAGUGCUGGCAGUGAACAGUUAAGGCUGAGAUUUGCAAACAUGUGGAAGGAAAUAAUGACUACAUGGUUUUACAGUUCUGUCAAUUUGCAGUUGAAAUACACGCAUUAUAAGGGAGUACCUGAUCCCUACAGUGAGGAGCUCUUUAUUCCCAACUUAAUUGUUUAAUAAUGAAAAUGUAUUAAACUACCUCUUAAUUAAAAAAUAAGACUUUUCUGAAUAAGAGACCUUCACGAUCUAGUACUUAGCCUGUGGUACACAUAAUUUAAAUAGUUAUUAACAUUUGCAACACUCUGUACCAACCAUUAUCCCGCUUUACAUGAACAGUGAGCUUGGGAGUUAGCUAAGACUGGUGGUAUUAUUCCGAGUGUCAAGAUGAAAUUAUACAUGUGUUCACCUCACUUCUGUUUCCGCCACUUCAUACUGAGAAAGCACUUUCAGAAAUGUGGGGGCUGGUAGAGGACAACUCUGAAUACCAGACCAGUGAAUGCUGGUUUAUUCUGGGAGUUUUAUCAAAGUGGAGUAGGUUGACGUUUGGUGGAUUGUCCAUCUUCCUUCUGUGCCAGUAAGAUGGAUUUUUUUAUGAAGGGAAUAACUGCUUUAAUAUGCUAACUGGGCUCACUGUCUUGUUCAUAAAGAAAUUUUUAAGAAAACUCAUUCUGUGUUGCCCAUUUAACCUUGCAAACAAGGGGUUGAGCUUGAUGAGUGAGGAGCUGAAAAUGGAAAAACAGGUGAGGGGCAUUCACGAGAACCUGUUUACAGGGGGCACGAAUCAGAUAGGAAGGGAAUUACUUCAAACCAGUAUCAGUUUGCUUCUUAGUUCUGAGGCGGAGUCAUGGAUCAGUCUCUUUGAACAAAGGACCAUUUGUCAGGAGUUGGGACAGAGUGAUGGGGUUGUUAAGCUGUUUUUCCUGGUUUAUACACAUAGUGUAUAUAAAUUAUGAAAAUUGAGCUCCAGAUUAAUUUUUCCCUGAGCAAUUUUAAUGCAUUCCUUUUCCCCCAGUGAAAACAUUAAAACACUUGAAUUUAUUGUGAAAACAGCUUACUAAUACGAUUUGUUGAGCCAUAGUUACCCCGAGACCAUCUGUAAGGAAAGCUUUGGGGCCCAGAAUACCCACCUGAAAAUCUCCUGGUUACCGCAGUUCCCCAGAAGAGCAUGAGAUAUGUGGGACAGGUAGCUUUUGGUGCACAGGUGUACCAGGCCCGCAGGUCGUAUCUGCCUCCUGCUGUUUGUUGAAUAAAUGGCGUUGUUCUGAAAGGAGCCGGAGGGAACGUGCUUGCAGCUUUGUACAGCCACAGUUGAAAAAUAGGGAUGCUUGGGGUUAUUUGAUGAGUCAUUUGCAGCAAGCUCUUCGUCUUCCAGUGUCCCUUGUAGCUGCACAUUUCACAUCCAGUGCUGCUUUCGGGUCCCCUGACGGGGUAUGGUUCAGCCUUGCUUGUUACCGGGUGGUGGAGGGCAGCUGGGUGAGAGCAGUCUGGUUGGCAGGGAAGACCAUCUGCACUCACUGCCACCAGCCUUCUCAGAAUUCCGAGGCACAGACACAUCAGGGAAGCCGGUGAGUUGCAUAUUUUGAAGAAAAGCGGACGAUUCUUCCUGAGUUUCUGUUCAGCAAUGACGGUGGCUUUGGUCAUUGCAGGGUUGUGUAAAGAAUAGUUGUUACUAUCACGGAGUUGCAGUAGGCACUCAUAGCCCUAAUCUUGGUCUCCUUCCUAGAGGCAGGUCUUGGCCUCUGUGUAAUCAGCCUCUUGUAUGACUUGUAGAAUGAUUUUCCAAAAAGUAUCACUGCCGUGAUAAGAUAUUUUUCUUUUCCUUGUUGUGCUGCAGGAGUUACCUAGAUCUGGCUGGCACCAGGAUCACCUGUGGAGGUUUAUAAGUAAAGGAUGCUGUCUCGACUCUGGGGAGUCCAGUUCAUGAGCUUUGGGAGCUGUAGCCCAAUUACAAGAAGUUUAGACUUUCACUUUGUGGCCUUUCAUCAGCCCAUCCUAACCACUGUUUGAGAUUUUCUCAUUCAUAGUUGCUAGUCCUUAAGCAUGCUCUUAAUUUUCCUUGCCUCUGGAACCUUCUCAAGCUGUUUCAUCAGAGAUACCUUCAUAUUUACUCUAGGAGCAAAUAACACGUGCCCCCCCCGCUUCUCUCUCCCUUCUAUGUAUGUUAGGGUUCUUGAUGCAUAUUGCCAAGUUGUUUCCUAGGAAGCUUGCAUUGGGUGCAGGGGCCAUUCUCCGCUGAUUUCCCGGGUGCAUUAGCAGAGAACUGGAUAGCAAGUGGAACAGGCAGGUCUUGAACCAGCAUCCAAAUGGGAUGCCAGUGGCUUUACCCACUCCACCAUAGUGCUGGCCCUUGUUGAGCUGUGAUUUGCAUUCACAAAUCAGUCAUUUGAAGUGUACUGUUCAAUGGCUCUGAUAUAUUCUCAGAGUUGUGCAGAGGACGCCAUCACCACAAUCAGUUUUUGAAACAUUUCCCUAAUCCCCAGAGGAAGCGCAUAGCCCUUAGCAGUCACUCGGCCCUCCCUCUCCUCCCAAGCCCUGUGGUUUGCGGGUUUGCCUGUAGGACAUGUUUCACGUAAAUGGGAUCAUUCAGUCUGGCUCUUUGUGACUAGCUGCUUUAACUCCGCCUAAUGCUUUCAGGGCCCAGCCAUGAUGUAGCAUGUGUUGGUACCAAUUCCUUUUUUAUUUUAAAGAUUUUAUUUAUUUAUUUGAAAGGUAGAGUUAUGAAGAAGCAGAGAGAGAGAGAGAGAGAGAGAGAGGUCAUCCAUCUGCUGUUUCACUCCCUAGUUGGUCAUAAUGGCCAGAGCUGUGCAGAUCUGAAGCCAAGAGCCGGAAGAUUCUUCCAGGUUUCCCAUGCCAGUGCAGGGGCCCAAGGACUUGGGCCAUCCUCCACUGCUAUCCCAGGCCAUAGCAGAGAGCUGGAUCAGAAGUGGAGCAGCCGGGACUAGAACCGGCGCCUAUAUGGGAUGCCGGCGCUUCAGGCCAGGGUGUUAACCCGCUGCAUCACAGCACCGGCCCCCAACAUUUUUUCUUUUAAGAUUUAUUUGAAAGACAGAGUUACAGAGAAAGAGAGAUCUGUCUGCUGAUUCACCCCCAAAAUGGCCGCAAUAGCUGGAGCUGGUCUGAUCAGGAGCCAGGAGCCAGUUGCUUCUUCCGGGUCCUCCACAUAGGUGCAGGGGCUCAAGCACUUGAGCCAUGUUCUGCUGCUUUCCCAGAUGCACCAGCAGGGAGCUGGAUUGGAAGUAGAGCAGCCAGGACUGGAACUGGUGCCCAUAUGAAACACUUGCGCUGCAUAACCCUGCUAUGCCAGUCCUGCCUGGCAACAUUUUAAGCAUGUGAAAAAGUCAAAUGCUAAACAGUACUGGAGAUUUUUUUUUUCAUCAUUAGAAAUGAGUACACAUUUCAGAUGCUGCAAAACUAUGAAAAUAAGGGUGUCUGGGCUUGAACAUAUGCCAUAAAACACAUGUAAAAAUAUAAUUUGUCUUUACGAAAAUUACAUCCAACCAGUAGCAAAGAAAGAUGUCAAUAAUGAAGUCUCUUGUGGCCGGCACUGUGGUGUAGGAGGUAAAGCCUCCGCCUGUGGCGCUGGCAGCCCUUAUGGGUGCUGGUUCCUGUCCUGGCUGCUACUCUUCAAAUCCAGCUCUGCUAAUAACUGGGAAAGCAGUGGAGGAUGGCCCAAGUGCUUGGGUCGCUGCAUCCAUAUGGGAAUCCCAGAGGAGGCUCUUGGCUCCUGGCUUCGGAUUAGCCCAGCUCUGGCCGUUGAAGCCAUUAGGGAAGUGAACCAGCAGAUGGAAGACUUUUCUCUCUGUCUCUCCCUCUCUCUGUAACUCUACCUCUCAAAUAAAUAAGUAAAUCUUUAAAAAAAAUGAAGUUUUCAGACAUGUUUACUACGUGUAUCUUACAUAUAGUGAUGCCAUAUCUCAUACACUGAGAUGCCAAGUGCAUAGAUCCAAACAGAGGCUUCUCACUGAAUCAAAGAAUUAUUGGAGAAGGGUUGAAUUCUUACACGUAACACACUCAAAACUUUCUAUAUAGAGAGUGCUGGAUCAUAACAAUGUAUUCUGGGGCUGGAACUGUGGCUAUCGGGUAAAGCCACUACCUGCAGUGCUGGCAUCCCAUAUGGGCGCCGAUUCGAGUCCUGGCUGCUCCACUUCUGAUCCAGAUCUCUGCUAUGGCCUGGGAAAGCAGUGGAAGAUGGUCCAAGUCCUUGGGCCCCUGCACUCGUGUGGGAGACCCGGAAGAAGCUCCUGGCUCCUGCCAUUGGAUCGGCCCAGUUCCAGCCACUGUGUUUAUUUGGGGAGUGAACUAGCAGAUCGAAGACCUCUCUCUGUCUCUGUCUCUGUCUCUGUCUCUGUCUCUGCCUUUCAAAGAAAUAAAUCUUUAAAAAAAAAAAUUUCCAAUGUGGUGGCAAGGAUUCAAGUAGAUGUCUUAAAAUAUCUCUCUCUCUCUCUCUCUUUGUAACUCUGCCUUUCAUAUAAAUAAAUAAAUCUUUAACAAUGUAUUCCACUGUAUUCCUGAGAGGUUGUGUCUUCUCUGGCAGUAUAAAAUUCCCUGGUCAGUUUCAAAGUUCUGGUAACACAAAGGCAUUUUCUGGUGCAUGCAGAUGUUGCAGUGGGCAUCAGUGAGAGUGGAAGAAAAUUGUAGAUUUCACACCAAGUUUCUGUUGAGCUUUGUCAAACCAAACAGCCUAACUAUAAGGCAAGCUAAAACACCCCCUAUAACAGAUUAGUGGGUUUGACCAAGUAAAUGUAGGAAUUUGACCUUAGGAAAAAAAUGCUGCAUGAACAGACCUAAAACAGUUGGCAUUGAAAUAAGCAUCUAGUAAUUAACAUCUUGGCCUGCAGGCAUUGUUUCAAAAGCCUGACCAAAAAUAAUCUGUUGUUCUGUAUUAUUAAGUUUUUAAAAUCAGCACUAGUCCUUCAAAUCUCAGAUUAUAAUAUGGUCUUCAUUACAAUACAUCCUUUUUUGUGCCAUAUGAACACAGUUAUAAUUAGGUUAAAGAAAGCUGAAUUUGUUCAAAUUAUUAUGUUUUUAUGUAUAUUGAAUACCAACUUUUUUUUUUUUUAGAGAUUUAUUUAUUUGAAAGAGUUACAGGAGAGAGAGUCUUCCAUCUGCUGGUUCAUUCUCUAAUUGGCCGCAACGGCUGGAGCUGUGCUAAUCUGAAGGCAGAAGUCAUGAGCUUCCUCCAGGUCUCUCAAGUGGGUGCAGGAGCCCAAGGACUUGGGCCAUCUUCUACUGAUUUCCCAGGCCAUAGCAGAGAUCUGGAUGGGAAGUGGAGCAGCUGGGUCUCAAACCAGUGUCCAUAUGGGGUGCUGGUGCUUAGGCCAGGGCGUUAACCUCUGCGCCACAGCGCUGGCCCCUAACAUUUUUUUUAAAGAUGUAUUUAUUUAUUUGAAAGUCAGUUACACAGAGAGAGGGGAGGCAGAGAGAGAGAGAGAGAGAGAGAGAGAGAGAGAGGUCUUUUUUUAAUAGAAAACUUUUAUUUAAUAAAUAUUAAUUUCAAAAGUACAACUUGUGGAUUAUAGUGCUUCUUCCCCCCAUAACCACCCUCCCACCCGCAAACCAUCCCAUCUCCUACUCCCUCUCCCAUCCUAUUCUUCAUUAAGAGUCCUUUUUAAUUAUCUUUAUAUACAGAGGAUCAACUCUGUACUGAGUAAAGAUUUCAACAGUUUGCACCCACACAGACACACAAAAUAUAAAGUAUUGUUUGAGGGUUAGUUUUACUGUUAAUUCUCAUAGUACAAUGCAUUAAGGACAGAGGUCCUACAUGGGGAGUCAGUGCACAGUGAUUUCUGUUGUUAACAAUUGACACUCUUAUUUAUGACAUCAGUAAUCACCCAAGGCUCUUGUCAUGAGCUGCCAAGGCUCAUAAGCCUCUAGAGUUCACAAACUCCAACCUUUUUUAGACAAGGCCAUAAUCAAAGUGGAAGUUCUCUCCUCCCUUCAGAGAGAGGUACCUCCUUCUUUGAUGGCCCCUUCUUUCAUUGGGAUCUCACUCAUAGAGAUCUUUCAUGUAGGUCAUUUUUUGCCACAGUGUCUUGGCUUUCCACCCGAAAAACUCUUAUGGGCUUUUCAGCCAGAUCUGAAUUUCUUAAGGGCUGAUUCUGAGGCCAGAGUGCUGUUUAGGGCACUUGUCAUUCUACGAGUCUGCUGUGUAUCCCGCUUCCCAUGUUGGAUCAUUUCUUCUUUUUUAAUUUUAUCUAUUAUUAGCAGACACUGGUCUUAUUUUUGUGAUCCCUUUGACAAUCCUAUCAUUAUGAUCAGUUAUAGACUUAAACUUAUCACCUUAAUUAGUAAGGUGGCAUUGGUACCUGCCAACUUAAUGGGAUUUGAAUUCCCAUGGCAAGUUUUUAGCCUUACCCUUGGGGGUAAGUCUGAGGGAGCAUGUGCCGAACUGUACAUCUCCCUGAGAGUGGUCUUUCAUUCACUGUUUCACUCCCCAAUUGGCCGCAAUGUCUGGAGCUUCACGGAUCCGAAGCCAGGAACCAGGAGCUUCCUCCGAGUCUUCCCAUGUGGGUGCAGGGGCCCAAAGACUUGGCCCAUCUUCUGCUUUCCCAGGCCAUAGCAGAGAGCUGGAUUGGAAAUGGAGCAGCUGGGACUCAAACUGGCAUCCAUAUGGGAUACCAGGUCCAUAUAGGAUGCCUGUGCUGUGGCAUAGCAAGUAAAGCUGCCACCCUUUUUUUUUUUUUUUAAAGAUUAUUUAUUUUAAAGGCAGAGUUUUAUAUAUAUAGAGAGAGAAAGAUCUUCCAUCCACUAGUUAACUCCCCAGAUGGCUGCAACAGCCAGGGUUGGGCCAGGCCGAAGCCAGGAGCCAGAAACUCUAGAUCUCCCAGAUGGCUGGCAGGAAGCCAAGUACUUCAGCCAGCUUCCACUGCUUUCCCAGAGGCAUUAGCGAGGAGCUGGAUUGGAAGUGGAACAGCCGAGACUUGAACUCAUGCCUGUAUGGGAUGCUGGUGUUGCAGGCAGGAGUUUAAACCACUGCACCACAACAUCAGCCCCUUAAGUUUCUUUUAUUGUGCUUCUGUUUGGGGGCACUUUGAUGGAAGAGAAAUUCGUUUCCCAGGAUUGCAUCCUUCCAAAGCAUUCCUUAGCAUUGGUCCAAACUUACCUGUUUUGAAUAAUGCUACAGAGAUUCAUGCACAGAUUUUUUUGGGGGGAUACAUGUUCUUAUUUCUUUUGGGUUUAUUAUACCUUGGUGAGAAAACACAGGGCCACCUGAUAUCAUAGAGCCUUUUGUGGAGUUGCCAGGAUGGUUUUCAAAGUAACUGCAGCAUUUUACAUUCUUCCCAGCCAUGUAGGAGGGUUCCAGGCUGUCCACAUCCUCACCAGCACUUAUUACCUGUGGCAGUAUCCAAAUUUUGAAUGAAAUUAAAAGAAGGAAAAUAUCACUAACAAAAGCAAUUUUGUGACAUUGGAUUGUGAUAUUGGAUCCUGAUGGCUGUUGCCUGUGUUAUGUCUGGAGCUCUUAAAACAAUAAAAAAUAUAGAUUAACGUUUUGAUGAAAUUGAGGCCACAAAACCUUUAUUCAACUAUUUUGAAGCUACAGUGUGCUGUAGCUUUUUCACCUGGUCAGGCCUUGAUUUAUUAGCAGAGAAUUUACAAUCUGAUUGCAUUUCAAGUAAAUGCUGCCCAUGCAAUAGCAGACAACACUCUGAAAUGCGUAUUUUCUCAUGACUUUGCUCAUUCUUUUUUAGCCCUAGGGAUGAACAUGAAUGGCUAGGAUGUAUUAUACUCACAACCACAACAACAAACUCUUUUUUUUUUUUUUUUUAAGGUGUAUUUAUUUUAGGCAGUUACGGAGAGGCAGAGGCAGAGAGAGACAGAGAGAAGUCUUGCAUCUAUUGCUUGACUCCCCAAAUGGCUGUAAUGGCCAGAGCUGCCCCCAUCUGAAGCCAGGAGCCAGGAGCUGCUUCUAGAUCUUCCACAUAGGUACAGGGGCCCAAGUGUCUGGGCCAUCUUCUACUGCUUUCCCAGGCCAUAGCAGAGAGCUGGAUCAGAAGUGGAGCAGCCGGGACUUGAACUAGCUCUCAUAUGGGAUGCCAGCCCUGCAGGCGGCGGCUUUACCCGCUACCCCACAGUGCCAGCCCCAACAACAAACUCUUGAUUGUUUCCCGUGUGUCAGGCCUGGUGUUAAGCACUUUUCUAUAGUUUUUCAUUUGCAUAGUCUAUCAUUAAUUUCAUAAUGUCACUUUAUUAGUAUUCAUUGUUUUAAAUUUAAGACAGAAGAGAGAGUGAGCUUCCAUCUGCUGGUUCACUCCCCAGAUACUCACAAUGGCUUGUGCUUGACCAGAGUAGGAGACAAGACCUGGAAACUCAUCUAGGUCCUCUGGUUGACAAGAACCCAGUUACUUGAGUCCUUACUGCUCCCUCCCAGGGUUUGCAUUAGCAGGAAAAAAGAGUCAGGAGCAGAGUAGGUAGUGAACCCAGGUACUCUGAUGUGGGAUGGGAUGUGGGUGUCCUAACCACAGGGGUAAAAAGCUGCUCCUCACAUUAUUUUCUGUUGCUACUCUUGGGAGUAAGCUGUUUUGUAGAAGAGCAAGUUGCUACUCUUGGGAGUAAGCUGUUUUGUAGAAGAGCAAGUUGAAGCGUGAGACGUGCAGUGACUUGGCCCUGUAACUGGUGGCUGAAGUGUCUGAAUCCAGGCCCCCUGACUGGAGUUCGGCUGCCUCCCACCCAGAGCCGUGCAGCAGUGUCAAGGGCAGGGGAGGGGGACGUCUGGUCAUUCAGUCAUGCUAACACCAGGUGUUGGGUGAGGCCUUGCCACGGGCCCACCGCGUGGGAAAGCUAUGUGUGUGUGUGUGCCAUUUCCAGCAGUACCUGUUUCCUCCCGGAGCCUCUGCCCCUCCUGUUAACUGAGACAGGAGAUGGACAUUCUAGUCCCAGAUCUGAUCCCACCAUAGACGUGCUUCCCUGUGCCCACAGCAGCCUGCUUUUACUGCCGUGCACAGAUGGCAAAAUCUGAGCUAUUCUUGCAGCGUUGAUGGGGGAGGGUCGCAAGGCUAUGGAGAUAAAGGCGUUCCGAAGCUUUAGAGUCUAUAUCAAGAUGCACCCCUGUGGGAACUGGACUUUCAGAUCAUUCCUUUUAGUGCCAGGUUGGGCUUCCGUGUAUUCUUUGCAUGUAUAAAGGCUGAUUUUGACUUUGAUUCUGAGGACCUGGGAGUGGCUGAGCUCUGUGUGCCUCUGCAGCCGUAUUAGUGACACUAGUUCAAGUUCCUUCAGGGGUUCUGGUUUGCUAGUUUAUACUACUAGAGAAUGCCAUCUAAAAUGUAAUCUCCCCCAUAGUGCUUGUGUUUUCUCUCCAGCUCAUUGAAGUUCAGUUAUAAACAUUGAUAUUAUAUACACAUUUAUGUAUAUGUGUGUAUCUUUGCCCGAUUUAUUCACUGUGGAAGCAUUUGUCUCCAUUUUUUAAAAAAGAUUUAUUUAUUUGAAAGAGUUACACAGAGAGAGAAGGAGAGGCAGAGAGAGAGAGAGGUCUUCCAUCCACUGGUUUACUCCCCAGAUGACUGCAAUGGCCUGAGCUGCGCUGAUCCAAAACCAGGAGCCAGGAGCUUUUUCCGGGUCUCCCAUAUGGGUGCAGGGCUACCCUCCACUGCUUUCCCAGGCCAUAGCAGAGAGCUGGAUUGGAAGUGGAGCAACUGGGACUAGAACCGGUGCCCAUAUGGGAUGCCAGUACUGCAGGAGGUGGCUUUACCCACUAAGCCACAGUAAUGGCCCCUGUCUCCAUCAUUUUUAAUGGCAAUACAUAAAAACAGACUACAUCCUGAGAGGGGGUUUAUUAAGUAACAAAGUACCUUCCAUUCAUUGCAGAAGUGUUUGUGGAUGACUUCCUGUACCAGACAGGGCAGUAGGUGCUGGGGGUACUCUGUGGUCCAGGCAGGGGAGGUGGCCCUUGGGCAGCACAUUUCAGUGUGUGUGUGUGGGAGUGGGGAGAGCACAUGCAUUGCACACUCACAGAGCUCUCCUAAUAGGUGGGUGCCUGGCAGGGUGUGAAGGAGAGCCAGGUGAGAGAGGCUCAUCAGAGAGGCCUACCGAGGAGCUCACCUUGACCCUGAGGCCUCAGUCAUGAGAAGUUGUUGGAAAGCAUCCAGGUAGAGGAGACCGCUGUUGCCAGUGCUGUGGCACAGCGGGUAACGUGCUGCUGCCCCAGUGAGCCCACCUGCGCAUGUGUACCUCCACACCUCAGUUCUCUUCCCAGCCCACCCUGGGGGCUCCAACCCCAUCACUGCCCCCCACACCGAGCUUUUCAGGGGCUACUGCCAGAUCUCGCUCCCCGGCUCCAGUGCCACUCGGCCUCCCUGUGACAGUCACCUCUUCCUCACACUCUUCUCUUGCUUCCCUAACACUGAACACCCCAGGCGUCCCUGCCCUCUCUCUCUGGUGGUUCUGGGAGUGGCACUGCCCAGGCUCCCCCAGCUCCUCCUCCUCUGCUUGGCUUUACUUACUCUUCUGGCCCCCUAGGGGUUUGUUCUGUUUUGUUUUUGUAAAGAUUUAUUUAUUUAUUUAUUUGAAAGGCAGAGUUACAGAGAGACAGACACACACACACACACACACACACACACAGAGAGAGAGAGAGAGAGAGAGAGAGAGAGAGUGUGUCUUCCAUCCACUGGUUCACUCCCCAAAUGACCACAACAGCUGGAGCUUCACUGAUCCAAAGCCAGGAGCCAGGAGCUUCUUCCCAGUCUCCCACGUGUGUGCAGGGGCCCAAGGCCUUGGGCCAUCUUCUACUGCUUUCCCAAACCACAGCAGAGAGCUGGAUGAGUAGUGGAGCAGCUGGGACUCAAACCAGAACCCAUAUGGGAUGCCAGUGCUGCAGGCAAGGGCUUUAACCCACUGCACCAGCCCCUGUAUAUUUAAGUUUUUUUUUUUUUUAAACAAAAUGUUCAGCAGAAUAGGGACAUAUUUAAAUUGGUAAUUGGCACAUCUAUCAUGUUCACAGCAAUGAGAUUACUGAAAAUACUUCAGUAUCUGAAAAGAUGUUCAGAGUAUAUUGUUAUGUUAAAAUGUGGUUCCAUUUGUGCACAGCAUGUAUGUGUAUAAAGACAGCCAGUUCCCCCUAAUUUUUUAUUUACUCAUUUUCAUUUUAUUUGCAGGGAAGAGAGACAGGCAGAGAUGCAAUAUCUGCUGGUUCAGUUCCCCAAACGGCCAGAACAGUCAGGGUUAGGUCAGGUGGGUCCAGGAGCCUGGAACUCCUUCUGGGUCUCCCGUGUGGGUGGUGGGUGGCAGGGACCCAAGUGGGAGCAUCAUCUGCCUCCCAGCGCACAUUAGCAGGAAGCUGGAUCAGAAGCAGGGUUGCUAGGACUCAAACCGGGCACUCUGAUAAAAGGAGGUGGAUGUUCCAAGCAGCGACUUGUCUGCUACGCCAAAUGCCCACCACAAGUAACAGCUGGUUUUCUGAUGGGUUUGUAUAUGAUAGAACAAUGGAAGGACACAACCUAGAACAUUGGAUUGUGGCUACAUCUGAAGAAUGGCUUGGAAGUGGGAAACGUUUACUUUUCAUUUCAAAUUAUCCCAAACUGUCAGAUUUUUCCUCCUACAGGUGUGUGCAACCCUCACAAGAAAUUUUAGAACAUUUUUAUCACCUCGAAAAGGUGUCCCACACCUUUAGUCACCUCUCCAUCCUCCCCAUUCCUUGACCGUGAGCAAUCACUGAUGUAUUACUUUCUGUGUCUACAGACUUCCAUAUCCUGGACUUUAACAUAGAACAGGUGGCACACCGGCCUGAAGGUUCAGUCGUGUCACAGCACGUAUGCAUGCUUCACUCCUUUGUUCUGGUUGAAUGGGGCCUUGCAGCGAGAACUUCCCAUUCGUCCUUCGUGAACACAGGUGCGGCAGACAGAUGACGGCCCUGUCCCCUGUGCUGCUGUAGUGCCCCAGCCCUGGUGCUGCCCGCUGGGGAAGAUGGAGUCCAAAGAUGAAAGCUCGCCUGUGUGGCCAACAGCCACGGAGCAUGAACAGAACACGGCCCAGGUGCACUUCGUCCCAGACGCUGGAACCGUGGCUCAGAUCGUCUACACCGAUGACCAGGUCCGGCCACCCCAGCAGGUGGUGUACACAGCAGAUGGAGCCUCCUACACGUCAGUGGAUGGGCCGGAGCACACGCUGGUGUACAUCCAUCCAGUGGAAGCUGCACAGACUCUGUUUACAGACCCAGGCCAGGUAGCUUUUGUCCAAGAUGCUGCAGCUCAGCAGGCCACGUUGCCAGUGCAUAACCAGGUGCUGCCCUCCAUUGAGAGCGUGGACGGUUCCGACCCUUUGGCAGCUCUGCAGAACCCUAUAGGGAGACUGGAGGCAAAAGAGGAAGAGGAUGAGGACGAGGACGAGGACACAGAGGAAGAUGAGGAAGAAGAUGGUGAAGACACAGAUCUGGAUGACUGGGAGCCGGACCCGCCCCGGCCCUUUGACCCCCAUGACCUGUGGUGUGAGGAGUGUAACAACGCCCAUUCUUCAGUGUGCCCGAAGCACGGCCCGCUGCACCCGAUCCCCAAUCGGCCCGUGCUCACCCGCGCCAGAGCCAGCCUGCCCCUGGUCCUCUACAUAGACAGGUUCCUUGGUGGGGUGUUCUCCAAGAGGCGCAUCCCCAAGCGCACCCAGUUUGGCCCCGUGGAGGGGCCCCUCGUCAGGGGCUCCGAGCUGAAAGACUGUUACAUUCACCUAAAGGUUUCUCUUGAUAAAGGGGACAGAAAAGACAGGGAUUUGCAUGAAGACCUGUGGUUUGAGUUGUCUGAUGAGACCCUUUGUAACUGGAUGAUGUUUGUACGUCCAGCCCAGAACCACCUGGAGCAGAACCUGGUGGCGUACCAGUACGGCCACCACGUGUACUACACGACGAUAAAGAACGUGGAGCCCAAGCAGGAGCUGAAGGUGUGGUAUGCUGCAUCCUAUGCCGAGUUCGUGAAUCAGAAAAUCCAUGACAUCUCCGAGGAAGAAAGGAAAGUUCUUCGAGAGCAAGAGAAGAAUUGGCCCUGCUAUGAAUGUAAUCGCCGGUUUGUAAGCUCAGAGCAGUUGCAACAGCAUCUCAAUUCUCAUGAUGAGAAACUGGAUGUGUUUAGCAGAACGAGAGGCAGAGGAAGGGGACGAGGCAAGAGACGAUUCGGCCCAGGUCGGCGGCCAGGGCGUCCUCCAAAAUUUAUCCGCUUGGAAAUAACGAGCGAGAACGGGGAGAAGAGUGAUGACGGGACGCAGGAUUUGCUACAUUUUCCCACAAAGGAGCAGUUUGAUGAGACUGAACCAGCUACUCCGAAUGGGCUGGACCAACCAGGACAGACCCCUAUCCCACUGCCUCAGCCACCGCAGGAAACCCCGACUUCCCUGGACCAUGAACCAGAAACCCACACCCUGCACCUGCAGCCACAGCACGAGGAGAGCGUGGCGCCUACCCAGAGCACUCUGACUGCCGACGACAUGCGCAGAGCCAAACGCAUCCGAAACGCAGCUCUUCAACAUCUGUUUAUUCGGAAGUCCUUCCGGCCUUUUAAGUGUUUGCAGUGUGGGAAGGCCUUCCGUGAAAAGGACAAACUGGACCAACACUUGCGCUUCCAUGGGCGGGAGGGGAACUGCCCGCUGACCUGUGACCUCUGUAACAAGGGCUUCAUCAGCAGUGCGUCCUUGGAGAGCCACAUGAAGCUCCACUCGGACCAGAAGACUUACUCUUGCAUUUUUUGCCCAGACUCCUUUGACCGCCUUGAUUUGUUGAAAGAUCACGUGGCCAUUCAUAUCAAUGAUGGCUACUUCACCUGCCCAACUUGUAAGAAACGGUUCCCAGAUUUCAUCCAGGUGAAAAAGCACGUGCGCAGCUUCCACUCGGAGAAAAUCUACCAGUGCACAGAGUGUGACAAGGCCUUCUGUCGGCCCGACAAGCUGCGGCUGCACAUGCUUCGGCAUUCGGACCGCAAGGACUUCCUGUGCUCCACCUGUGGGAAGCAGUUCAAGCGAAAAGACAAACUGCGGGAACACAUGCAGAGGAUGCACAACCCAGAGAGGGAGGCCAAGAAAGCCGACCGCAUCAGCCGCUCCAAGACCUUCAAGCCUCGCAUCACGUCCACGGACUACGACAGCUUCACGUUCAAGUGCCGGCUGUGCAUGAUGGGCUUCCGGCGGCGAGGCAUGCUGGUAAAUCACUUAUCAAAGAGACACCCAGACAUGAAGAUCGAAGAGGUGCCAGAGCUAACUCUCCCCAUCAUCAAACCCAACCGUGACUACUUUUGUCAGUACUGUGACAAGGUUUAUAAAAGUGCGAGUAAGCGGAAAGCCCACAUUCUGAAGAAUCACCCAGGAGCUGAGCUCCCGCCAAGCAUAAGGAAACUUCGUCCUGCUGGCCCCGGAGAGCCCGACCCCAUGCUGAGCACCCACACCCAGCUGACGGGCACCAUCGCCACGCCUCCCGUCUGCUGCCCUCACUGCUCCAAGCAGUACAGCAGCAAGACCAAGAUGGUCCAACACAUUCGAAAGAAGCAUCCAGAGUACGCCCAGCUCCCCAACACCAUCCACACACCCUUGACGACGGCCGUGAUCAGCACUGCCCCAGCUGUGUUGACGACAGAUAGUGCCACUGGAGAGACUGUGGUGACAACAGACCUGCUCACCCAGGCAAUGACAGAGCUGUCCCAGACCCUAACAACAGACUACCGAACGCCCCAGGGGGAUUACCAGAGGAUUCAGUAUAUCCCUGUGUCUCAGUCUGCCUCUGGUCUGCAGCAGCCUCAACACAUACAGCUUCAAGUGGUGCAGGUAGCCCCGGCCACCUCCCCCCACCAGUCUCAGCAGCCCACUGUGGAUGUCGGCCAGCUGCAUGACCCCCAGACCUACACCCCGCAUGCCAUCCAGGUGCAGCACAUCCAGGUGACAGAGCCCACCACCUCAACUCCCUCGCCCUCCCAGGUAGCUGGGCAGCCUUUGAGCCCCUCUCCCCAGCAGUCUCAGCAGGGGCUCAGUCCCUCCCACAUACCAGGCGGUUCUUCCACCCAAGGGCAGGCCCUGCAGCAGCAGCAGAACUCCUCUGUCCAGCACACGUACCUGCCCAACGCUUGGAACUCCUUCCGUGGCUAUCCGUCCGAGAUUCAAAUGAUGACACUUCCCGCUGGUCAGUUUGUGAUUGCAGACACCAGUGUGCCAACUCCUGUUACUACUGGACAAGUGAAGGCAGUCACUUCGGGUCAUUACGUGUUAUCCGAAAGUCAACCAGAAUUGGAGGAAAAGCAGACUUCGGCCCUCUCCGGCGGAGUCCAGGUUCAAGCGUCUGCGCAGAGUGAGGCCCUGGACGCCCAGCCCACCAGCCAGCAGCAGACCACACAGUACAUCAUCACCACCACCACCAACGGGAACGGAGACAGCGAAGUGCACAUCACCAAACCUUAACUCCGCCUGGCCCUGCACCCGAGCAGUCACAUCGCGUCUUUUCUCAGCCCUAAGCCCGGAAACUCCCGACGCCCGGAACUCUUUUGUAAGGUUUAUUAUUCACUCGAAGAGUUUGGAAGCUACCGUUUUGACACUCAGACACACCAUGGGGUUUAUCUUGCCAACAUUGUCUUUACCAAAUCGACUUGACUCUGAGCCCUUGGGGUUCCUGCCACAGAAUGAAGCUCUUUCAGAGGAAAGUAGAUUUGCAAGAUGGAGAAAUUUUGCCUUGUUCUUGAAUUGGUUUCCUUUCUUUUCUUUUCUUUUCUUUUUUCUUUUUUUUUAUUAUUUUUUUAAAAAAGCAUAUUGAUAAGCCUUACUUUCCCUUUGUGGAAAUAUCAAGUGGCUUACUGCGUUUAUACUGAAGGUGGAGAAGGGUUAUACCUAGUCCACGGUUGGUGGGCUUCUUGAUUCCAAGCUGUGGGGUUAAAGGGGAAGGGGCAUUUCAUGGGUACAUAUCAGGUCAGAACCACUUUAUCGUGUGGCUUGGACUUUUCGGUAUUUUAACAAAGGGAACCUAAUCAAAUAAGAAAACUAUAGCAACAAAAAUUUGACAGUGAUGUUCUAAAGGAAAAACUAUCACCUAAAUUUUUUUUUAAUUACUAAUUUAAAUUGUUGUUGGGCUGUUGGGCAAUCUUUGCAGGGAGGCCAGCCCUCAGCAGGUCUGGUCAGAACCUCAUGUCCUGACAGAUACUGACACAUUUCUCCACCAUGGUGCGUGGGGGCUUGAUGUCAACAGAGCUGAAACCUUCACCUCCCAUUAUCUGGUUGUACUUGGAUUAAGAAGGAGAUCUGGGUACCAAGAAAAAUGAUGAGAACUAUAUAUGGAGAAAGAGAGGGAGAGUCCUGGAACCUUAUCCUACUUGUAGGAUCCGUUCAGCAUUCACUGGUAAAGGAUGAAUCCUUGUCCUUGCCAAGUAUGCAUUUAGCUCUAGAGCUCACAGCACUCAGAGUGUUCUAGAACUUCAAUGCUGUCUUAAAAUGAACGUUCUCUAAUGUCAGGCAGAAAGGUGGCCUUCCUUAUUUCAAAACACUACUGACUUUGAGCAGUGUAACGCCUCCAUCCCUUUGUGUCAGGUGACCAAAUGCACCCUGAGGGGAAGAACAAGCAUGUGGGGACCAUUUAUAAUGCAGUAAGGGGAUUAUAAGGGAUCUGGAAGGAAUCUAAUCUUUGUGACUGUCAGUUGGGAGAGGAAGAGAAAAUCCACUUGGACAGUAGUUUUUCUCUUCUUUGUUCCUGCUUGGGAGUCCCGACUGCUAUGAAUUCAACAGGAAGAGGUAUUUCCCUUCUUUUUACUGUACAUUCCAAUUGCCAUAAAAUGGCAUGCUGAUUUAAAAAAUCAGUAUGUAUUUUCGCAACUUUUUGUGACCUGCUAGCAUAUUUUUAGGAUAACUGUUGCACAGUAGAAUCCAUCACUCCAGAAUAGAAAGACCCAACUUGAUUUCAUCUGAAGUUAACUAUUUUAUUUACAUUUUGGGGUCAAAACUGGUUUGAUGAAAAGAAGUAUAGAAGCAUCUUUAUGAUAAAGCUACCUUCCUGAAAAACAAACCAUUCUGUCCAAAUAACUACUAAUCUGUAGAUUUUGCACUUUAUUUUUGAGACCUCAUUCAUGUCGUUAUCCCUGAAGAUUUGGGCAUUAAGAGAACUUGAGAAAAUUACUUCAUCAAUGUGUAGAGACUGAAAAUGCACCCUGUCUCUUUGGUGACAAAGAAGUACUGUUGAUAUUUUCAACAGAAAACGUUGACCCCGAGUCACAGAACAGGGACUUGGGUUCCCAAAGUCCCACUGUGUAUUAAUUGCAAGGAUUCCAGUGUCUGUCCUGGGAAGACUUGCUUGGUGAAGACUAUCCCCAGGGGUCCACAGUCAGCUCUUAUCACUUAUACUUGGCCUUUUUUUAUUUGAACCAGCAAGGUAUGUCUGCUCUUCUCAGGAAGAACCCAUUGGUUGGAACUGCAAGCGAUCACAGAAUGGAAUGCUUAUUUUAUGCCAGUUAUUUCAUGUUCUAAAAUACACAAAGGAAAAUAUUGAAAUAUUGGGAAGGGACCUCUUUGUCUCUUUCCCUUCUAGUCCCCCCCCCCUUUUUUUUUGGUCCUUGUGUGAAAUAAAUAGAGACUCUAAAACUAAUUUAUAAAUAAUCAGCCAGAGAUGCUGGUGGCAACUCAAACCAAAUAACACUGCUUUAAGAUCAGGUAUUCUGCACAUUCAUUCCAAGGGGAUAGAUUUGCAAGAGAUGGCAGAUGCAAAGCCGCUUGACGGACAACGUGUGUAGCCAGCGUUUAUACUGCGACCUCUCUCAAGACACGCUGACACUGUAGACUUCAUUCAGUGCAGUGGGAGUGUUUUGGGGUAGGUUGGCUGUAGAUUUUACAUUUUUAUUGUUUGAUUCAUGCCCACAGAAAUAGACAUUUCAUCAUGUAAGAUUCCUGUUAUUCUGGGAAACCUAUUGUUUUGAUCUUCUUGAAUUGUUUUUUGACCUGGAAUUCCCCUUUAAAAAAAACUCUUUAAGAUGUCUAGGGCUAAAAAGCACUUCAUGAGAUGCUAAAGCUGACCCAUUGGUCAAAAAUGUUGACCCUAUCCUGUUAUUUAAAUGUGAACAUUUAUUGUACAUUCAGUGAGUUAUAGUGUUAAUAGUCUUGUGCUACCCAGCAGGUGUAAAAAUUAAUAAACUUUUUUUUAGUAAACGCA